AUGUAUGAAGAUGAAUUAUCAGGCGUGUUGUUCCUGCAGUAUGGAGAUGAGACGCGUCGGGUUCACAUCACCCAUGAGCUGAGCAGCAUGGACACGCUGCAUGCUCUUAUUGUGCACAUGUUUCCUCAGAAGUUGACAGCGGGGAUGCUGAAGUCGCCCAACACGGCAAUCCUGAUCAAAGACGAGGCCCGGAACGUCUUCUACGAGCUGGAAGACGUCCGGGACAUUCAGGACCGCAGCAUCAUUAAGAUUUACCGCAAAGAACCCAUUUAUGCUUCUUACCCUGCUGCUGCACAUCUGGCUAACGGUGACCUAAGGAGAGAAAUGGUGUAUUCCUCCCGCGAAUCCUCCCCAACGCGCCGCCUCAACACCCUUCCAUCCUCCACGGCCUCGGCGUCCUCUGGCUCUCCGUCCCGCUCGCGCCUUUCAUAUAGCGGGGGCCGUCCUCCAUCCUUGUCUGGGAACCAUCCCCAGCAUGAGCAGCCAAGACAUUCGCACCAUCCUCCAACUGGCCACGGUGCCAACAUGGGGCUGUCUCCUUCACCCAGUGCCAUUUUGGAGCGCCGUGACGUCAAGCCUGAUGAAGAAGUUUCUGCUAAGAAGUUGGCUCUGAUGAAAAACGAGAGCCUCUAUGCAGAUCCUUACAGUUUGAUGAACGAGGGUCGCCUCAGUAUUGCCUCCACCCAGUCACUGGCUGCCAUCGGGGACCCCUUCAGCUACCCUGUUACCACUGGGCUGUACCGCCGUGGCUCUGUUCGGUCCCUCAGCACCUACUCAGCUGCUGCUCUUCAAGGAGACCUGGAGGACUCGUUCUACAAGCCUGGAGGCUCACUUUACUCCGACACCUAUUCCUCUGCCACCCUGGGCAUGGGUUUCCGCAUGCCGCCCUCAUCUCCACAAAAAAUCCCAGACUUGCAGCUGAGGGACUCUUACUCCAGCUCACCAAGGCCCUCACCCGUCAGGCAGACUUUCCGCAAAGACUCUACUUCCUCCUCAGUGUUUGUGGAGAGCCCGAAGUCCAGGCCCAGCUCUGGGUCAGACCCUUUGUGUCUUAUAGGUGUACCAGGAGAAGGAAACAGAUCCACACCUGGCUUUGGUUCUUUAUCUGGACAAGAUGGAGACACAAGCAGGGAUCAUCGGCUGGAGCGUAUGGAGGCCAUGGAAAAACAAAUAGCCAGCCUGACGGGCCUCGUCCAGAGUGUGCUGACCAGAGCGCCAGACAGUGACAGCACAUGCGGCCUACUGCGUCUCUGCAUGAUGGCGGGCUGCCCUCCGGACCAAGGGACGGAGUUUUCACGGCCAUUACCUUUCUCUUCCAGCGAGAAGACCGAAACUAACAGUGACGGCUCGGCCACUGGAACUGGACGGCCGAAGCAGAAAGCUAACACACCGUCAGCACCUCUAGCUCUGAUGCCACCUCCACCCUCGAACACAACGCCGGUGAACAGCGUCGGCCGCUUGCAGAUGAAGCUGCAUCUGCACGGUCUGCAGCAAAACGCCACCGACCUUCGCAAACAGCUUGCUCACCUACGCAAAACGCAGCUCGAGAACCAGGAUUCAGUGCGAACUCUGCUGAAAAGGACGGAGGCAGAGCUGAACGUGCGCGUGUCCGAUGCCCUGAGGAAACAGGAGGAUCCUCUGCAGAGACAGCGCCUCCUUGUGGAGGAGGAACGACUCAAAUACCUCAACGAGGAGGAGCUCAUCAUCCAGCAGCUCCAUGACCUGGAGAAGUCGGUGGAGGAGAUCCAGAAGGAGUCGUCUGUCAACCACAAGCUGGUGACGGUGCAGGAGCUGGAGGAGAAGUCUAAUGUUCUGAGGAAGCUGGGAGAAACUCUCACGGAGCUGAAAAAUCAGUUCCCGAGCCUGCAGAGUAAAAUGCGGGUGGUGCUGCGGGUGGAGGUAGAAGCCGUCAAAUUCCUUAAAGAAGAACCGCACAGACUUGACGCCCUGUUGAAACGCUGCAAGACUAUAACCGACACUCUUGCCACAAUGCGCAAACAAGCAAACGAAGGCGUAUGGAAGAAACAAGACAUCUUCUCCAGUCCUUUAUCAAAGCACAACGACGACUUGCAAACAUUUCCUGGCUUUGACAUCACCACUAGCCCACCGCUCACCAUCAAUGACCUCGGGGGAGGAACCAGCCUUUCUAACUGGAGCCCUCACUCCAGCCUCAGUCGAGGUCUCAGUAACCCGCCUGGCUCUCACAAGGACAAUCAUCCUCCCGUUCCCCACAAGGGCAAAGCUCUGGAGGAGCUGGAGCGCCGUGCUGCUGCUGACAAAGCCUUGUCCAUGGAAGUCCGACUGGCAGCAGAGCGGGACUGGGAGGAGAAGCGGGCCAGUCUCACCCAGUACAGUGCCCAGGACAUCAACCGACUGCUGGAGGAGACCCAGGCUGAGUUAAUGAAGGCUAUUCCAGACCUGGACUUUGCUGCCAAGCAUAUCAAGCCUUCAUCCAACGUGCCAUCAACCCAGAACCCCCAAAGUGGAGCAGCAUCCCUAGAGCACCGUUCCAACAAGCCCCAGCACAAGCUUUCUGCUAAAGAGGGGGGGUCCAGGCGUGGCUCUGACGAGCUGACAGUACCUCGAUAUCGCACAGAGAAACCCUCCAAGUCCCCCCCACCUCCACCACCCAGGCGCAGUUUCCCCUCGUCUCCAGGAGUCACCACCCGCAGUGGAGAGCCGCUUCUCCCAGGAAAAAGCAUAAAGAAAUCUGAAUCUGAAGAGGCUGAUGCACAAAAACCUCAUGUGAAAUUGAGGAGGACCAUGUCUGAAAACCCCCGUCCCGCUUCCACACCUCCAACACUGGCCUCUGGAGAGAAGGACGACAGAGACGUGGAGAAAAUUGCUGCAGAAUUAGAGCAGCUGUUUGAGAGAGCCCCGAUCAGGCUCCCCCGCCCCCCUUCGCUUUUCCUCCCUGUUAGCCUGUGCAGCAGGGAGAGUUCUCCCCCCACCAGGUUGGACCUGUGGCCCCUACAGGCCUCAGUCUCCGCUGAGGGAGGAAAAUUGUUUGCCGUCCCCCACAUCGUGCUGACAGAGUGUUUACCGGAUUCUGUCACUCCUUCAGAAAAUGCUGUGAGCGCUUUAACAACUCGUAUUGUGGAAGAGAAUCCAUCACGAGAUGUGUCUGCUCACCGCACGGUCUCCAAACCUCCAGUUGUAAGGGACGGGCUUUCAAAGGGACUUCAGCAGGAGCGCUGCCUUUUGGAUUUCAAACAGGAAGUAACUCUGCUUUUGACUGAACUGGAGAUGAGGGUCUUGUCUCCUCCCGAGGCUCAGGAGCUGUGGUGUACAGGCAAAGUUCUGCAGACUCUAACCAUCUCACCACAGACUACACGAGUGUCUGAAGCUGAGCUGAGUCAACGACCCGUUCUUAUGCUCUUUAAAACGGAGAAUACUCCCAGAGAUGCCUACAAACUGCUGUACUCCCUGCUGGAGUUGUCUAAACCUGUUCCCAAACCCAGAAUGAAAGUCUCUCAGCAACCCAGCAAGCAGAGCUCUCUCAUGGAGGCUCUGAGGAGAGGGAUGGAAUCAGGGGAUGGUGCGGUGAUGUUCCAGCACGCUGAGGAAUUCAGAACACAGCAGAGCACUUUGGACAGCAGCUCUGUGGACAGUCUCACCACUCGGAGGAGAAUGACUCAAGAGGCUCGCCUUAGUACCUACAAAAGGCUCGACAGUUUGGAGGAAACCAUUCGGGAGCUGGAGAACACCUUGAUAGAGAUCGGUGGACAUCCGACGGCAGACAGUCUCUACACUGAAUCAACCAUAACUUCACAGAGGACCUCAGAGGCCAAGAAGCCACCAGUCCCACCAAAACCAUCAAUCCAGGGCGGGAAUAAUCCCAGCGUUGGUAAGACCCACUCAUCAGCUGCUUCAAAGCUGAAACACCUGCAGCAGAACAGCACAGAGAAGAGCAAAAGUGGAAAGAAAGAGGACGUACUGAAGACCCAGAGCCAGCAACAGGAAGCACAGCCCAGCCACAGCCAGUUUUUAAGACUCAUUUUUUAUGGUUUCCCUCUUCGACCCCUGAAAACCUCAUCUCUUUAUACGACUCCUCCACCCCCCCCCCCACCACCCCCCCCCACCCCCCCACUCCCAUCUUCUGUGUCCCCGCUCUACUUGAAGGCCUCGGGCACCAAGAGCACUGGAAGCACUGAACCGUACCUCUCCGGAUUCAAAGUGGGCAUUUUUCCAGGCAGAGUGACCCCUCCCGUGGCGACGUUUGCCCCCGGCCUGAGGAAGUGCCCCUACGAGGGGGCAGCGCCCUCCCUGACCGUUUCCUCAAGCCAGGCCAAGACCCUCCUGGCGAGCCUGUCGGCCUCUGGCCUGACCGCUGAAGCCUUGCUCCUGUCCUCUGCCCUCCGUCAGCGCCGCCUUCUACGUGAGCAGCGAGCCUCGUCUCUCCCCAGCAGCCAGUCCUCCACCCCCUCAUCCUCUUCUUCCCCCACCACCCCCACUUCAUCCCUCUCUCCCUCCUCUCCCACUCCUCUGGGCUCCUUUACGUUUUCCUCGGGAGCUGUCAAGCCCAGCAGACGAAGCCUUGACAGCCCUCAACAACUCAACAACUGCAAGGAUGGUGACAACUUCUAGAACCUGAAGGAGACGAGAACAAACGCCAAGGAGCAUCAUCAGCCGUGUAGACAACUUGUAUCCAUCUUUAAUUUUUACUCAUACCAUCCUUCAGAAGUCUGUUCCAUCUCUUUUUUAUACAACUUUGGAUUCGCUUGUUAAGAUUUCCCUCUAAAACGAACCU